AUGCCGAGGCCGACCUCCGAUGACGCUGCGCCUGUCUUUCGAAAGCGGCGCAAACUUCACGAUGUGGUAGGCACAAAGACUACGCUGGAGCAUGUGUGGAAGGAUGAGCAAGCCACAAAUGAUACGGAUACCAUCGAUGAGUUGGUGGGCAUGCGCGAAUGCUUGCGGCGCCGUACAGGUAUCCAACUUGAACAAUUGAACAAAGGCGAAAUGGACGCAGAUAUCGAGCGGGAGAAGCGUGCACCCAUUAAUACGGUUGACAUACUAGUUCGGCAAGCCAACUUUGAGCGUGCUUCCUUGUCGAGUGAUUCUCCUACAGAUCCCUUGUACGUCCUCUCUGCGCUCACUUCCAGAACUCGUGCAGGUAUUCACGAGAGAAAGCGAGCAUCGACUACAGAAGCGGGUGCCUCAUCGCCGCCUAGAGCCACACCCACACCCACUGCGCCAUCCCGCGCGCCUACGGCGCGCUUUGUACCUGAAGUCGAUUUGGGGAUCAAUGCUCGCAUGCAGAAUGUCGAAGCUACCGAAAAAGCCAAGCAAGCCGCUCUUCAGUCCAAGAAAGGGCUCUAUGCGGAGCCAUGUCCGACAGAUACCUUACGAUGGCGCGCGCCUGAACCUGCAUCGUCGCAGGGCCGCUCUUCCUCCCAUCAGCGGAUCCGAAGCCGUGUUCGUGGACCGCAAAAGACAUUGUGA